AUGAGGACCCUUCUGCUGGUGUUGUUAACGUUGCUGGCUGGCUCUGAGGCUUGGCUUCACUGGGGGCGCUGUCCUGAUCCAACACCAAAAUAUGAUUGGGACUUAAUAAACAAAUGGUACCUGAGAUCUGGAUACAAUAGUUAUCCUCUUAUACCAGGCUCAGGACGCUGCGGCUACGCAGAAUAUAACAACAACUUUUCUGGAACAAUAGAAGUUAAAUUCGCAUAUUUUUCAUCUUGGUGGAAUCGUUGGGAAGAUGUCAAUGGAACUUUAACACUAGAUGAACCAUCAGACAAUUCAAAGAUGAUAUUGAAAAUUCCUAAGAGAUGGGGAUUCUGGGACGAGACGAUGCCCUAUUGGAUACUUUACGUUACUAAUGGACGCCCAGAUCCUUACAUGGUUGUGUACAGUUGUGAAAAUGUCCUUUUCAACUUUCACCACUAUAGUGUUCAGGUUUUAUCCUUGAAUCCAAAUACAGAUUUGAGUGGAAUUGACGACGUUUUGACAUCUUUCAACCUAGAUUCAAUCAAAUUCGUGACGUACGACCAAACAAAUUGCACUCACCAUUAAGAAACCAAUUUCAAUUGCCUUAUCUGUUGAAGAAAUUGCUUUAUAUUCCAUCAUCCAACGUGUUGAAACAAGAAGUCGAGCUUUACAAACGUUUGUCAGCGUAUGGUAUAAAUAAUGUGUACAAUAUAAUAAUGAUAUGUAAAUGAUCUUAAUUCCUAUUAAUCUUGGUUGAAUAAAAGUUUGAUCCAAAAUUAA